GUGAGGCGGCGGGGCCGGCGGCUGCUCCUGCCCUCCGCGCGGCCCGGGCCGGGCAUGGAAGUGGAGAAGAUGGAUGAGAAUGAAUGGAAGUACCACGGGGAAGGCAACCAGAGCCUCGUCGUCUCACACUGCCAGCGCUGUGUGGUGCUACGGUUCCUGAAGUCCCCUCCCAACCAGAACAAGACUCCAGAGGAAAUACUACAGCAUCUGCAAAACAUCGUGGACUUUGGAAAACAUGUGAUGAAGCAGUUCUUUGGGGAGAACUAUGUUCACCAUGGGGAAAUUAUUCAACUGCCUUUAGACUUUGUAAGGCAGCUCUGUUUGAAAAUCCAGCCAGAGAGGCCAGAGUGUCGCUGUGACAAGGACAUGGACACGCUCAGCGGUUACGCCAUGUGCCUUCCCAACCUGACGCGGCUGCAGCCCUUCCGCUUCGCCGAGCACCGGCCCAUCCUGUGCAUCGAGAUCAAGCCAAAGUGUGGCUUCAUUCCCUUUUCCAGCCAUGUUUCACAGGAGAUAAAGCACAAGGUGUGUCGUUACUGUAUGCAUCAGCAUCUAAAGGUAGCCAAUGGAAAAUGGAAACGACCAAGUAAAUAUUGCCCGUUGGAUCUCUUCUCAGGAAAUAAACAAAGAAUGCACUUUGCUUUGAAGAGCUUAUUACAGGAGGCACAGAACAACCUGAAAAUAUUUAAGAAUGGGGAGCUAAUUUAUGGCUGUAAGGAUGACCAGGACUGUGUGUGUGACUGGAAUGACCUUGCUCGUCACCUCAAGCCUUUCUUUUUCCCGUGCAAUGGGCUGGCCAGCGGCCCCCAGUGCACCAGGACCGUGGUGAAGGAGCUGAUCCACGUCAUCACCAUGGCCCUGCUGAGCAGCACCGACUCCUGCAGGGCAGGGGACAUGAAAACAGUUCCCAUCUCACAGGGGAGGAGCUACUGUGAAGCAAGUGCUUUUAAUAAGGAGCUAGUAAGGAAUGGUAAACAUAAGUUGGAAAGCUCUGGUUUACCGAGGGGUUGUCUCCUUUAUAAAACCCUUCAGGCUCAGAUGCUUGACAUGCUGGAUAUUGAAGGACUCUAUCCUUUGUACAGUAGAGUUGAGCAGUACUUGGAGGAAUUUCCUGAGGAGAGAAGUACAUUGCAGAUAGAUGGACCUUACAAUGAGGCGUUCUAUGAGAAGCUGCUGGACCUUUCCCUGGAAGAUGAUGGGACAGUGGCAUUUGCAUUAACAAAGGUGCAGCAGUACAGAAUAGCAAUGACUGCUAAGGACUGCUCCAUCAUGAUUGCCCUUUCCCCCUGCUUGCAAGAUGAAUGCUCUGAGCAAAGACCUGUGGUACUGACAUCCAAAUCCAGAUUCACCUUCUCUGUUUCUGUGCUGGACCUGGACCUGAAGCCCUAUGAAAGCAUCCCCCACCAGUACAAACUCGAUGGAGAAAUAGUCAAUUAUUACCUGAAAAAUGUACAGGCCAAAGAGGACCCAGUUAUGUCCAACCUCUUCAAGGAGAAUGAAGACUGCACAUUAGUUCUCCAUAAAGUGUAACCGUUCCCUUAAGGUUAUUUUUAUUCAAACACAUGAGAAAGUGAAAGAUUAUUGGAAUACAGUUAUGGUGAUUUUUUUUCCCCUUUUCUGUUGUGUUCAGUGCAUUUUUCAGCUGUGAAUGUUUUUGCUUUAUGAAAUGAUUUCUAAUGGGUAAUGCCUUCUCAGAGAGCUGGGAUAGCACUAAGCCACAUGUUUGCUAGAUAACCUUAAUGAAUGUAUUUAAUGUGACAGAACAGGUAAUGUGCCAUACCUUGGAACUAGAGGACAGAUCAAAUUAAUAUGGAAAGUCUACUUCCUUAGAAUUGAAAGAGCACAGAAUGAAAGGUUUCCUCAAGUAUUGCACUAACAUAGAAAGCCUAAUUACUAACAAGAGAAUUACCUUGGACCCUGUGCUUUGAGUGUCCCUCAUCCCCACUAAAGGAGGGAAUGCUCUGGCACAGCCUGUACAACACUUCAGCAUUAAUCCACUGGAAAUGCAACCAUGCAGAGGCUGCUCUGGAACUGCCCUGGCACUGCAGAACAUUUCAGUACUAAUGCAUGCACUAGGAACACCAGGCUGCCUCCAGGAGCUGUGAUCACCUUGUAUCGACCUAAAGCUUCUGAAACAAAGUGCAAAGGGUUAAGGUAAGCAACCUUGAGUUUUACAUGAUAGUUGGGCUUAACUCACCUGCCAUGCUGGUUUUUAUUGUCUCUAUACAUGAUAUGCUGCUAUUGGAGGUGAAACCACAGCUUGCUCUUGCCUGAUUUAAACUGAGCUCUAAGAAGAAUAUGUUCUGAGUUUUACAGGUCAUUUCAGGUCCUUCAGAUUGUGUCAAACAUUGGCACUAUUACACUGAUGCCCCACACACUGCCUAGCCUGAGCAGCUGCUUUCAGGCUCCUUUGCUGGAAUGACACAGGAAAAAGGUGACAGAACCCCAUUUUCUUCCCUGCAGUGGGUCAGCCUUGUGCCAGUGCUGCAGAUGAGCAGUGCUCUGUGCAGCUCAAGGCUGGGGAGCUGCUGCAGCAAAGCCAUCCUUGGGGCAGAUCCUGAGCUGGAACUGAAGGGUAGGUCCAAACCUGAGGCUGCAAUGAUAAAAUCUGCAGCUCUGUUUCCCUCAAGGGUCACAGCCCCAGUGAACAGCUCUGACCUGGAUACACCCUGUGCUCACCAGCAAUGGUGUUCAGGGUCCUAAAAACAGAUUUAUAUUGGGAUCCAACUGUAACCUUUGAAUUGUUCCGCUUUACCUGAAAUUCAAAAAUAGGACCCCUGGACCUUGGCACAACUCAAGAAAGAAAAGUGAAACACAGAGCCACCACUGUCCCUGUGCCAGAGAGCUGAGCUGGCAGUGCUGGCACCCAGUGCCAGGAGCCCUUCUGGGGCAGGGCCUGAGCUGUGAGACUCCAACAGUGCAAUGGGCAGGAAUAACCCCUUCUUCCCAAAGAAAACCUGGAGGAGGAGAGCUCCUUACAAAUCCAGAAACCCUCCAGCUAUUAGAAAGAGGAGGAAGGAAGGACCCUGCACAGCUGGGAAGUUUCCAGGUUUUUAUGCUGUAACUUUACACACAAUUCAUAUGCAAACAGCAGUGUCUGUGCUGAGCAAACAGUUUCAUUUUCAGGCCAGGAGGAGGGAGCUAAAGAUGAACUGAAGGUUACACAAAACUGGCUCAACCAGUUCCAUGGCAGUGGAGAAGUAGGAAGGAAUUUUGCCUGAGUACUGGAUUCCAAACUUGAAAUGAGCCUGCCUUAUCUGACAUGAUAGAGCUGCAAUUCAUCAAAGCCCCAUCUCUGGUGUUGAUCUGGUCUGUCAGUUCCUCCUAACCUACCAGAACAGUGGGACACCAUUUCAGUGAUCAAAUAGUGGAUGAUUACAUUUAUGGGAUUAGAAACACACUGUUGCUUUAGUUCAGAGUUCACCUCUUUCCCCAUUGCUGCAUGGGGUGGGUGGUUGUGCUCCAGCAGCUCUGGCCUUGGAAAGGAGGGCCUGGAGCUGCUGGGUUGGGCUCUUGUUCCAGGAACUGUUCCUCCCCACCUGAGAAGUUCCUGACUUCAGUCCCAUCACUCUGGCUGGGUGCAGUGCUAGUGCAGAGCAGGAACUCCUGCAAACACUGAGAGUUCCCAGAUGGGCUCAUGGCACAUCUGAUGGAAGUGAAGGGAGAGGCAAGGCAUUUGUCUCAUCUGUUUUAUUUCUUCAGGGGUGAAUGUGUGAGAGGUGAUGCUUUGGUAAUGUGUUGUCAGGAUUUCCUCCUGCAAUCAGAGAUGCAAAGGAAGGGCUGCAGGGAGCAAGGGGUGACUGGCUCACCUGUUCCCAGGGCUGGCAUGGGCCCCUCUGGGUUAGAUUGAUGCUGUCUCAACACACAUUGUGGAACAAAGUUACUUCAUACAGUUACCUUCGGGUUUUUUAGCACUGUAUGUCUUUGAAACCUUCAAGUUGUCUUCUUCCACCCUAAUUUAAUGAGAAAGCUGUUUAACUCUUUGUUCUAGGAGUCUCUUACUGUUCUUUUGUCAUUUUAAAAUCACUGUACUUUUACAGAGCUGUGAAAUGAAUUGGAUUUUUAUGGACUUGAUUUUGACAGUGCAUGAUCUUUUAACAAUUUCCAGGUAUCUAGAAAAUGUUAAGAAGAUAAACCACUCUGGUACAUUAAUGAUUCAGAAAGAUAAAUUUAUAAUGAAAUCACUCUGUACAUGUAACUAUUUUAUUUGGCAUUUUUGUAUUUAAAUGGCUGUAUUUAUUUUCAUGUCAUGACAAUUUAUAUAUAACGUGCCAUAAUUGUACAGAUAGCAUGUUUUAUGAGU